AUGGGGUGUUGGUACUCGAGGAUUGAUAGAGAAGAGACUGUUUCACGUUGCAAGGCGAGAAAGAGAUACAUGAAACAAUUGGUUAACGCUAGACAAGCUCUUGCCGCUUCGCAUUCUAUGUAUCUUCGCUCUUUACGAGGCACUGGCUCGGCUCUCCUUCAAUUUUCCAACAACGAAACUUCUCUCCACCUCCACCACCAUGUCCCUCAGCCGCCUCAACCUCCAGCACCGCCGCCGCCGCCGCCGCCAAUGAGUCCUGGUUCAGACACUUGGACAUCUGGUACAACGGCCUCCCCUGCUCUGCCUCCGCCGCCUCCUCCACCUCCAUCCAGUAGCUGGGACUUCUGGGAUCCAUUCGGUCCGGCUACUGCGUCACGGUCAGCCACAGAGGAGGAAUGGGAGGCUGCUACGUCGGCAUCUGAGGUGGCGGUCACCGCUACAGCCACCGCAACCGGGGCUGCGAGCGUGGCGGGGCCACCUUCUGUGGUGAGUGGAUUCUCGAAAGAUACCGGAAGCGAGCUGGCUAUGGUGGUUUCGAGGAAUAGUAAAGAACUGGUGGAGAUUGUGAAAGAGGUCGAUGAGUAUUUUCUUAAAGCUGCCGAUGCUGGUAGCCAGCUCUCGACAGGAUAA